AAUUUCUCUGCUGAUGACCCCAAUGCAUUCAGACCGUUUUGUUCCUCUACUUAACUACCCACCUAUCCUGGCACAGUGUGCAAGAGGCGCAUUGUAGCAAUUGGCAACAAUGGUGCACCCGGUGGCGGAGGCGAACGAGACGAGUCCCUUUGGUUCACUCACCGCGGACGAGUUUUACACUCGCCACUCAGUUAGUCACGGCUCCGAGUUCAUCACGAAUCCCAGAGGCCUCAAGCUCUUUACUCAGUGGUGGACCCCACUCUCUCCUGCCAAAAUCAUCGGCACCGUUGCCGUCGUCCACGGCUACACCGGCGAGUCAAGCUGGUUCGUCCAGCUCACCGCCAUUCUCUUUGCCAAAUCGGGAUUCGCCACGUGUGCGAUCGACCACCAGGGACACGGCUUCUCCGAGGGACUCGUGGCCCACAUCCCGGACAUCAACCCCGUCGUCGACGACUGUAUUUCUUUCUUCGACUCGUUUCGUGAACGUCAGGCGCCGUCGUUACCGUCUUUUCUCUACGCCGAGUCCCUCGGUGGUGCCAUUGCCCUGCUCAUCAUUCUUCGGCGGAGCUCGAUCCGGCCUUAUAAUGGUGUCGUUUUGAACGGCGCCUUGUGCGGCGUCAGUGAAAAAAUCAAGCCGCCAUGGCCUUUGGAGCACUUCCUUUCCAUUGUCGCGGCGGUGGUCCCCACCUGGCAGGUGGUUCCUACGCGCGGCCGCAUCCCGGAGGUCUCAUUCAAGGUGGAAUGGAAGAGAAAACUGGCGAUAGCAAGCCCAAAGAGGAGCAUGGCGAGGCCACGCGCUGCGACGGCGCGUGAGAUAAUUAGGUUAAGCAGAGAGGUGCAGGGGAGGUUUCAUGAAGUCGACGUGCCGCUAUUGAUAGUACACGGCGGAGAGGACGUCCUCUGCGACCCUGCGUGUGCGGAGGAGCUGUACCAGCGAGCUGCGAAUGAAGAUAAGACCCUCAGGAUCUACCCUGGGAUGUGGCAUCAGCUGGUAGGUGAGCCGGAGGAGAGUGUGGAGCUGGUUUUCGGGGAGGUUGUGGAGUGGCUUAGGACUAGAGCUGAACGUGCCGCUGUAGCAGGUGGGGAAGAGGCUUGAAAUGUCACCAGCGCUGGUGGCGCGUGUAUGUUAUUGCUUUCAAAUAAAUAACUGGUUAAUUAACUUGGUAGUCGUGUUUGAAUAUGUGUGUUACAAUGGAUUAUAAUUGCGACGAAAAAGAAUGUAAUAUUGUAAAUGCAAUGGUUUGUAUUCAAAUUAUUUCUUUUAAUAGCUAUAAUAAUAAAAGAGAGUGUCUUGCUUGAACUGCU